UGUUUAUGGUUCAGAAUUUAAUUUAAUUUCUAGUUAUGCUCUGUUUAUGGUUCAACUAAAAUAUACUAAAAUUAAUUUUUUUAAUUCUGAAUUCUCUACUUCUAUGAUUUAGAUGGCAUCUGAAAGUACAAGAAAAGAUCCUGCAUGGAAAUAUGCACAUCAGUUAGAUCCUAAGAACCCAAAUCAAUUUAAGUGUAAUUUUUGUGGUAAAGUAUCUAAUGGAGGGGUUUAUAGAGUUAAACAACAUCUUGUUGGAGGUUCAAGGAAUGUCACAGUUUGUCAAAAAUGUCCACUUGAUGUAAGGGAAGAGAUAAAAGAGUAUAUGGGAAACAAGAAAACACAGAAAGAUCAAAUGAACUUGUUGCCUCAUAUUGAUGAGAUGAACAAUGAUUUUGAAGAGGAUGAAGAUGACAUUGCUUAUGAGAUUCAGCGGCCUCGUGGAUCAAGUAGUAAAGCAUUGCCAAGCAAUCAAAAUAGUUAUUUUGCUGGAUCAAAAAGGUUGAAGAAGAAGGGGCCCAUGGAUGUAUUCUACACACCAAAUCCUGAUUUUGUGGUGCAAAAUAGAAAAGGAAAACAGACAACAACUUCAAAGACACCAUCAUCAUCGAGGGCAAGGCCAAGGGGUUCUAGAUCAUCAAAUGCAUGUCAAUUGAUAGAUGAGGAAGAGGCAGAUUCAGAGGAGACAGAAGAGGAAGAUGUAGAAGGAUACAAAUCCAAUGAUGAAGAAGAAGAUUAUGAAUUGCGUGUUGUUGAUAUUGAGGAUGAUGAUGAUUGUUAGAUCCUCAUUGGAUAAAUGGAAGCAAAGACUUUAU